GAGGCUGGGCGGAGCAAAAGGCAGAGGACUGUGCCAUUAGUUGAGGGGGAGGGGGAAAUUAUUGCAAGAGGAGACGCGCGGGUAAAUAGCGAGGUUGCGCAUGCGCCGUGUGGUCUGAGUUGCACCGUGGUGGGCUUCUGGAGUCCCCGAGGGAAGUUUGGCCGCAGCUACCAUGAGCACGUGCUCUGUUUCCAAGGGCUGUUUUGUGUUCAAGCCAGAUUCAAAAAAGAGGAAGAUAUCUUCAGCAGCUGACUACUUUAGUAAAGGUAACAAUGAUGCUGAGGAUAGUGGGCUACGGUUUGAUACAUGUCAGUCCUUAUGGAAAGAGAUUAAAUGUGAAACAGAGCAAAUACAAGAGGAUCUCAAUAAAAAACUAUUUGAUAACCUCCUAGAUUUUUUGAGAAAAUCCCAUCUGGAUUUCAAACAGAAGAAAACAGAGUGGGCUUCUCGCAUGAAGUCUAAUGAAAUUCCAACUGCAGCAGUUGUUCUAGGUGUGAAUGUUACAGAUCAUGAUCUGACAUUUAAAAGACUGGCUGAAGUUUUCCAGAAUGAUGUUACUCCUUUUGUAGUGUCGCUGAAGUCGAAAGAAUGUCCAGGCAUUAAAAACCUAUUGCAGAAGGUGAUGAUUCAGCUAAUGGGUUGCCCAAUAGAUAUGGACUCAUCUGAAGAAGAUGAGUCUUCCAAGAUUUCUCCAAACAGGAUUCGUUACUCUGUGGCAUCGCUUACUAACUGGUAUAGGAGUGUAACCAAGAAAGUAGAUACGGAAACACUAUGCAAAAAAAGAAUAUUUUCAUCUGAACAUUGCGAAUCUCCUCCAGUUGUGGUUAUUUUCAAGAAUAUAGAAAGUUUCUCAUCCAAAGUACUGCAGGAUUUCAUAACAAUCAGCAGUCAUUGCAUACGUGAAUUUCCACUGAUACUUAUUUUUGGAAUUGCCACUUCUCCAAUGAUCAUCCAUAAGUUGCUUCCUCACUCGGUUUCCUCUUUGCUAUGUAUAGAGCUCUUCCAGUCUCUGUCUUGCAAAGAGCAUUUGACUAAAGUAAUUGACAAGCUACUUCUGACAAGUCAGUUUCCCUUUAAACUCAGUGAGAAAGUUCUUCAGGUACUGAUAAACAUAUUUUUGUACCAUGAUUUCUCUGUUCAGAACUUCAUCAAGGGAUUUCAGCUGUCUCUUCUGGAUCAUUUUUAUUCCCAAUCACUCAGUGUGCUGUGCUGUGAGAUUCACAAAGCUAAGAAGAGAGUUGAUUCUUUAUCACACAAUCAGUGUGAAAAUAUUCGAAGACUGCCGUCUUUUAGAAGAUUUGUUGAAAGUCAGGUAUCAAACAAGCAGACUAUACUACUGACAGAUGAUGAAGGCCUAAAGGAAACUGUACAUGCUUUGCUGCAAAACCUACAUACUUACCAUGAAAAUUAUUUCCCAGUUUUACGUUGUCUUCAUGCUUUUACAUCUUCUCUUCCAAAGUAUCCAUUAGGAAAACAAAUAAGGGAAUUGUACUGUGAAUGUUUGGAGAAGAAAGUGUGGGAAACAGAAGAGUAUGAAUCUGCCAUUCAGCUGGUGAGGAUGAUGGCCAAGGAUGAGUUAGUGGCCAUUCUUGAAAAAUGUGUAGAGAUUCUUAAAUCCUCUCCUGCAACACAACCAGGAAACUCUUUAGAGAAAUUCGAAGAGUACCUGAGUCAACUUCAACAUCCUGAAGAAGUUAAUGAAGCUCAAGAGACGUCUAUACCCUCAUUAAAAGAACUUCAGAAGAAGACAGAUCUUUAUCAUCUCCAAAAGACUUUGUUGGAGAUGAAGGAAUCGAGAAGACUUAAGAAACUGACAAAAUUUGAAAUGCUCCGUUUUGAAAUAGUCGACUUUGUAGAUAGCCUUGUAAAAAAGUAUCUUGUACCUGUAGAAAUGCAGACAUUGCAUGAAGUGAUGUACUUCAGUGCAGCCAAUACUCUUCGUGAACAUUUGAAUGCUGCCCCCCGUGUUGCUCUUCACAAUGCUCUCAACAAUCCAUAUUUCUAUCUGAAGAAUGAAUCUUUAAAAAGUGAAGCAGGCUCCAUUUCCAACACAGCUCCUGAUAUUUGUAUAGCCUACAAGCUUCAUUUGGAGUGUGGCAGAUUAAUUAACCUUGUUGACUGGUUAGAGGCUUUCUCAACUGUUGUAAAAGCAGCUGACAACACAGAUUCUUCAGUGAAAGAUCAGAUAGAUGACAUUACCCAUGCUCGGUUCAUUAGAGCAGUCUCUGAAUUGGAACUCUUGGGAUUCAUAAAGCCUACCAAGCAGAAAACGGAUCAUGUGGCAAGGCUGACGUGGGGCAGCUGUUGAUGUGCAUUCUCCCGAGAGGGAAAGAACAGUAAUCUUUACAAGACGGAUAAUUGUCAAGUAAUUUCCAUUAUAGGAGAAAUUCUACUUUGCUGCGAUAAUAAAGUACAUAGAAAUAACCUACUGGAUACUGUUUAUUUGCAUUUAAGUGAAAGCAAUAUAAUGCAAUGGGCAUACUUAAGAUUCUUGGAUUUUUCAGGUGAGAUAUGCCAAUCAAACCCAAUUGGUAGGUGUUAGCUACCAGUAUUUUUUGUUUGUUUGUUUAGUUCACUGGUUAUAUAUAUAGAGAGGGAGACUGGAAGAUGUGGGAUUUUCAUUUGUUUUACCUAUUACACAUGGCUUUAAAAAUUUCAAUGGAGUGCAGUUUUGGAGGCAGCAAAUUGGCUCUAGUCCAUUAUUGUAACUCAUAAAAUCAAUACCAGACCCUUUGAAAGACAAGCUGAUGUCUAGUGUGUUUUUUGGUACUGAGGUCAAACUUGAAACUUUUGUGUUUAAUCUUUGACGUGCUAAAUAUUCAUCGAUUUACCUGGACAACUAUGUUAAUGCUUAUCCAGCAAGGCUUUGAGUGUUUCUUUAAUGUUUACCUUUUUCUUAGUAGGAACAAACAAUUGUACGGUAUUAGUGACAUGAGAUCUAAGUGGCCUACAUUUGUGUACUCUUUGAAAAGGGUGCAACUUUUUAUUAUUCUUUUAACAGUCACCUUGAAAUGUAGAACAAUAUAUUUGUAAUUUUAUAUUAAUUUUGCAUCUUUUGUACUGGCCAUUACUUAUAUGAGAUGACUUUAGACUAGAACCACAUAAAAUAAAAUUAAAAUAUUUGUAACAUGCUGUGCA